AUGUUGGUUUUUACCACAGUCCCAUCAACUACAAGUUUGACAUCAUCUAGCAUCCUAACAAAGGACCCAACAAAUCUGCCAUCCACCAAUCCACCAAUUCUUAAUAACUUGGCAACAUCUCUUAAAGUUGUCAGAGAUUUUUCUAAAGAUAUGUUGGAUAAUACGUCUGAAUCUUUCAGAAAAUUCGCAAACGAUUUCGAAAAUGAGAUUGAACGUGCUUAUGAAGUUGAACAAAAAUUCGAACGCACAACAGUAAUACGACUCAGGAAUGGCAGCAUCAAUGUCACGUUUAUUGUCUUUUUCAAAAGUGGGAUAAGCCCUGCCAAUGCUUGUGCUCCACUUGAAAAGGCAAUAAAAGAAGAUGGCAAACUUGGAAAUUUUGAGAUUAUACCAGGCUCGUUAGAAUGUUCCAAACCAAAUCGUAAGUAUUUCGGGCAUGUUUAAAAAG